UUACGAGUCCGGCGAGGAUGCGCGCUGACGUCACCAGCCCGUUGAUUUGCUAAGCGGCGCGAGGAGAGGAGUUAGUGCGCGUGAGAGCGGGUACUGUGAACUGCGUUACUAUGCUACAGUCCUAAUAACCGCACACUCGCGAGCGAAACGUGCGACACAGAUUGACCUUAUCUUGUUUACAAAGAUAACUAAACAGACUGCUAGUGGAAAGAAAGACUCAUGAGUUGGCCGUGUGGAUUUCAGAGACGUUAUGGAUUUGACUAAAAUGGGUAUGAUCCAGCUCCAGAAUCCCAAUCACCCCAAUGCCCUGCUACACAAGGCGAAUCAGAUGCGGCUGGCCGGCACGCUGUGUGACGUGGUCAUCAUGGUGGACAGCCAGGAGUUCCACGCUCACCGGACCGUGUUGGCCUGUACCAGCAAAAUGUUCGAGAUCCUAUUUCACCGAAACAGCCAACAUUACACUCUCGACUUUCUGUCACCAAAGACCUUCCAGCAGAUUCUGGAGUAUGCUUACACUGCCACUCUCCAAGCUAAAGUGGAAGAUCUGGAUGACCUGCUGUAUGCGGCAGAGAUAUUAGAAAUAGAAUACCUGGAAGAGCAAUGCCUGAAGAUACUGGAGACCAUCCAGUCCUCGGACGAAAACGACACGGAGGUCAACAUGAACGACGGCGGUGGGGAAGAUGAUGAAGAACGUAAGGGGAGGCACGGCAGGAACGGGACCGGCCCGAAAAAGCAUUCCAUGGAAGACAGCGGCUACAUCUCGGCUGCCCAUCAGGUACUGCCGGGAAUGGUGGAUCAGAGUCCGUCGGUCUCCACCUCUUUCGGUCUCUCCACCCUGAGCCCAACUAAAGCGGCCGUAGACAGCCUAAUGAGCAUCGGUCAGUCCCUCCUGCAGAGCACCAUGCACCCCGGAAUUGGCACCGAACAGCCCCUGCAUGGCAACUCUCAUCCUAUGAUGGGAGAGAUCAAGAUGGAGAUGAUGCAAGUAGAUGAGAGCGGAGAGCACGGGAGCCCCAAAGCCAUGGAGUCCGGCAGCUCCAGCAACGGCGAGCGUAGCGGUGAUCUCGACAAGAACCGAGAUGGCCCUGGAACCCCUACCAGGAGCAGUGUGAUCACCAGUGCCCGUGAGCUGCACUACGUUAGGGAGGAAGGUGUUGGAGAGCAGCAGAUCGAGGUCGGCCAGAUGGGGCUGGAGGCAAUGGCAGGCAUGACAGAAAAACACUUGGCGUCAUUGUACGGCUUGCCACACAACCAUAAGAACGAAGCCAUGCUGUCUAUGCCUGCCUCGAUGGCUUCAUCCUUACACAUGACACCAGCCCUGGCCAUGUCCAUGGACUUCAGUGCUUAUGGGGGCCUGUUGCCGCAGAGCUUCAUCCAAAGGGAGUUCUUCAGCAAGCUCGGUGAGCUAGCCGCUGGGAUGAAGCCUGAUGGCCGUAGCCAACACGAACGCUGCAACGUGUGUGGUGCUGAACUUCCUGACAAUGAGGCCAUUGAGCAACAUAGGAAACUACACAGUGGAAUGAAGACCUACGGUUGUGAGCUUUGUGGCAAACGCUUCCUGGACAGUCUGCGCCUGAGGAUGCACUUGCUGUCUCACUCAGCUGGUGAGAAAGCCAUUGUCUGUGACCAGUGUGGAGCUCAGUUCCAGAAGGAAGAUGCGCUGGAGGCUCACCGACAAAUUCACACAGGAUCAGAUAUGGCCAUCUUCUGUUUGCUGUGCGGGAAACGGUUCCAGACGCAGACGGCUCUGCAGCAGCACAUGGAGGUCCACGCAGGCGUGCGCAGCUACAUCUGCAGCGAGUGCAACCGCACGUUUCCCAGCCACACCGCACUCAAGCGCCAUCUCCGCUCACAUACAGCAGGUGACCAUCCGUUCGAGUGCGAGUUCUGCGGCAGCUGCUUCAGAGAUGAGAGCACGCUGAAGGGACACAAACGCAUCCACACCGGAGAGAAGCCCUAUGAAUGUAACGGCUGCGGCAAGAAGUUCAGCCUCAAACACCAGCUGGAGACCCACUACCGUGUCCAUACAGGUGAGAAGCCGUUUGAGUGUAAGCUGUGCCACCAGCGCUCCAGGGAUUACUCGGCCAUGAUCAAACACCUGCGCACUCACAACGGAGCCUCGCCGUACCAGUGCACCAUCUGCCUGGAAUACUGCCCCAGCCUCUCCGCCAUGCAGAAGCACAUGAAGGGCCACAAGCCAGAAGACAUCCCCCCAGACUGGAGGAUAGAGAAGACUUACCUGUACCUCUGCUACGUCUGAGAGGGGAGCGGGCCGUGCCCGGCCUGAGAGGGAGGCGGGAGGGUGGGAUGGGUUGUUGGACGCCUGUCGCGAUGGCAGGUAGCGUGAAAACACAGUCAGUUUGUCACUGAAGAGGAAAUGCACAGAGAAAGCAAAUGGGCACAUUGAUCCAAGGGGCUGGGCUGAACGAAAAUGGACAAGAAGUAGAAAGACAAUGUGAAACAAAAUCUUACCUGUCAGUAUCACGUUCUCGUCUGUCAUUUUUUGUGUCGUAAGUGUUUUUCCGUUCAAACCACGGAUCAUAUGGGAAGUCUUCAUUGUAUGUCAAACAUCACGUUAUGUCCCAGGAAAUCCAAUAUAGAUAUAUAUAUCCAAAUAUCAAAAGUAUCAAUCAUAAACACAACAAUUGCACCAACCGAGAGCGACUCUUUGAAAGGGCGCCCUCUCCUGGUACAUGAUGCAGUCUCUUUCACUGUGUUAGUGUAAAUAAGACACUGUAGCCUCUGCUUUUUUAUUUGGAUUGAGUGAUCACAGCAGAAAAGUUGAUGCCUAAAAGCACUUAGAUCUGAUAAAUACGAAUAGCCAUGUUCAUCAAAGACAUUACUGUGAACUGGGACAUAAGCUUCACGCAUAUUGAUGAUGCCCAGCCAAACACUCAGUGGGUAGAGAUCCCUCCCAUAUGAUUCACAUUCAUUAAGGGCUUAUUGGUUUAACCAGCGUACAAAUCAGCUAAGCUCAUUUUACUCUUUUUUUUUUUAUCUCCAGCAUUGCUUCACACGCAUAUAACAAGCUAAAUUUACGACGACAGUUUCUGUUUGAUGGUUUUAUUUUCCAAAAAAAAAAAAAACGUUUUAUGUUCGUCAAGCGUGAACUCGACAUUAUCUGUUUCGCUUCUGUUUUCCUCCACUCAUGUUACGUACGUACGCGACUCAGUUUGACGCAAAGUAAUCACUAUAGUCGACGUCUGAACUGAAUAACUUGGCAAUACAUACAGAACAUUCAUUACUGGACACUAGACAUCUAAUGAACUGUUUAUGCUGUUGUUAUAGAGACCAAAAUGAUGACUGAAGCUGCUUGUGUCAGUGGCUUAGAGACAGAACAGCACAUAUCUGAACGAUCGAGUGAUAACGUAGUAUGAAACGUGUCCUGAAUGAAAGAUCGGAUCGACUCUUUGGUUUGCGUUCCUCUGCUUUUGUCUGUGUUUCCUAAUACGCCUCGAUUUCAGCACAUCGUACUUGAAUUACCUCGUUUUUGUGACCUCAUGUGCUAGUGUUUCGUUUCUCUUUUUUUUGUAUAUUUGAUUGUUUGCUUGCUGUUUGUCUUUCUGCUAUGUUGAGCAGGGGAGAUUUGAAAGCAGCGUGUGUUUAAGUACUUAAGAAAUUAAGUGCCACAGUUGAGAGAGAUAUUUGUCUUUCGUUAACGUUUUUGUUUUUUGUCUCAUUUCGCAUUAAUCUUACCAAAUUUGGUAUUAUUUUUUAUUUACUAACCCUGCUUGUUAAAGAGCUUGUGGGUUCGGUCAUAUAUUUGUAAGCUACCUCUACGUUUUUUCGUUCGCAAAGGCACAUUUUUGUGUUUGCGUUUUGCAUAUAACUUCAUCUCAUGCUUUCGAGUGUUCACGUUUGUAAGCAAGGGUAAGAUUUACUCGAACUGGUAAUAGGAAAGUGAUGAUAAAGUCAUAACCUUACCUAUGAGAGCCCCCCCAGCCCUGUAAACCUUACCUUAAGAGCAGAUUUAAAGCCUUACGUUUGGGGUCAAAGUUGGGAGGAUAUAUGGAACAAGUGAAGUGUAGUACUUUAAAGUUUGAAAAAAACAAUAAACUUGAAAAUAUGUGAAUAGAAUUGUAGUUUUGUAAUGUGAAAAAAAAUAAGGUUCGCCAAGUUUGAACCACAAAGAACAGGUCAUAUGCAGCAGUGCAUUGUGCGUUGGACAAUUGGGACUGCAAGUGGUAAUCAAAGACGAAAGGAAGAAAAAAAAUUAAAUCCUGUCAGACAUGUUUCUUUGUAUGAGUGUAGUCCUGAGCAAGAGCCAAUGGCCAUUUGAUAUAUAAAAUUGUGAUAUUUUUGUAUUAAGUGUCGGUCUUUUUUCCAUUGGUUGAGGUUGCGGCGAGGCAAGACUUUGUAGUUCUUUUUUUAUAUCAUUAUUCUCUCGUUUGAAUCGUUUGCCUUGCUCCUCUUUGGUAAUGUUGGACCGUGUGUGAUCCUAUAGUGAUAAAUGUUGCUUUCUGGAUGUCAAAUACAUUGCAGGUGAAGGACUAAAUCAGCCACAUUCUCCUUUGUGAAAAUAACAACAACAACAAAACAAAAAAUGAUGUGAUACCAAUGAUCAAUUACAUUGUACACGGCAUCUCAAACAAUCACGUUGCCAACUUUUUGGUUUUUUUUACUUGAAGUGACUUUAAAAAAAAGAAGAAGAAGAAGGGAUGGUGAAGACGCAUCACAGGAAAUGUAAUUGUCGUGUCUUGCCGUUGUUUUCUGGAAAACACUGUGAGUUUGGGGAUCUUUUGCCCCCUGUGAGAAUUUAAAAUGAGUAGCUCCAUGAAAAGACAGAUAUAUAUUUUGUUCUGUAAAUGGAUGAUGUUAACCGAUGUUAAAUGGAUAAAACAGAGUUUGUGGCAACAAUACGAGAUAUUAAGUCACAUACCGGUGUCACUGUUCUCUAAAUUCGUUUGUGUUACUUUUGUAUUAUUACUUUGAAUGUGGUUUCACAUAUAGUGUAUGUUUGAGUGUGUAUGUGUGAGUAUGUGUAUGUGAGAGAUGCACAUUAGUGUCAAAUGCACUAAUCGGUAAGUCAUAUUCUAUUGCCACUUUUCUCUCAUGGUGAUGAAAAAAAUAUUGGCUUUGAUAUAGUUCUUCCCUCAAUGUUCUUAUGAUGUUUCUGUAAUAUCUUUGUGCCUAAAUGAAAUUGUUCAACAAAUUGUCCACAUAUAUCUGCUUAGUUUCUGUAUUUUCAAAAGAAGUUUAUUGGUGUCUUCAGGGCUCCAGGGGUGUCAUGAUGAUGAUGAUGAUGAUGAUGAUUGGAAUAGCGUAUCCUUACUUCAAGUUCCCCGCACGGGACUAAGCCAAUCGAACGGUCGAUAAUAGUUUUGUUUUUAUAAUUAUCAUUUGGUCUGUUUUUCAGUCAAAUGAUUCGAUGUAGUGUUUUAUACACGGCUCAAAAAAAAAUGAAAUGAGCGAAACAUUCCAUAAAUUGGAAUAAUGUGCAUUUUUUUACAAUGAAUCUCCUGCUUUGAGGGAUAAAAAAAUCUUUGUUUGAUUAUCAAACUUCCUUUUGACUCCAUUUGCCUCAGCAACAGGUUUGCUGAAUAAACUUUUCAACAACGUCCCUGUAACAUUCUGUGGGUUGUUGAUGCAAUUUUACUGCCCCUACUUAACAUGUUUAGUUGUUGGUUAAAGUACUUAUUUUAAAGAAAAACAGUAAGCCAAGUGUCAUCAUUGCAUCCCUGGGGUUGGCUCACUGUGUUUCAGUGUGGUGUACUAGAAAGAGUAGCCAUUUCAUGCUGUGUUGCCAUGCAUGUGCCAUUGAGGUCGAAACUAAACUGUUUGAGUAACAAAGCACCAAGACAUUGUCUUUUUUUAUAUAUUAGCACUGAGGACCAAUUGCCCUGUCGGACCAAACAUAACAAAGCUUUUUAUGUUUUUUCUUUGCCCACCAUAUCUUCUCUUUCUUUUUUUUAUUCUUUACACCUCUCCUGACUUGCCUGUAUUUUUUUGUGACAGCACAAGUGCCAGUCCAGUUGCUUUUUAAGAACAUAAUGUUUUGUUUCUGGGGUUUCUUUUAUUUUUGUUCUGUUGUUGUUAUUAUUAUUUGAAUUGUUAUAGUUACGUCUACCUCAGCACCUAAUCUUAGCCUAAUCUUAGAAGGUGCCCAAUUAUUAUUAUUAUUAUUUCGUUUUGUUUGUCAAUUGUACAAAUUUUAAUUUGCAUUAGAGCUUUGCAACGGUCCUCUUGUCUUUUUCAGCAACAUGCUGUGUUUUUGUAGCACUAUCUGGGUUUCGUGCUGCAGAUACUGGCAUCAGUUUCCUGAUGGCGUAGUCUUUCUUUUGGUGUAGGAUCAGACACAUCUCUUUGUAACAUUUCAGUGUUCUCUGGAUGGAGUGUGGAAAAAAUAAAGAAUUUAAAGAGACUGAAUGCUGCAGGUUUCUUCUCAGUGUUGUCACUAAGUAAAUUUUGUGCCUUUAAUGGUGAAAGAUAUUUUUUACAUCCUACUAACAGUAGAUUGUUUUUGUAGUGUUUUUUGUAUGUUUUUUUUUAUUUAUGAGUCUCAAAAUAACAAUGUUCAGUUGUAUUCCUUAAAUCUGCAGUUAGAACAAAAAAAUAAAAAAUGGACAUCA